AUGCCGCCAACAAUGGAACGCAAUAAGUUUCCGAAGAAGGAACUGAGACCAAUAAGGAGCGUUAUAACAAUGAAUUACGAAAACAUGCGAAGACUUAAGAACAGGUCCAUAAAAUUUGGCAAUCGUAGAAAGGAACGUGUUGGUCGUAAGAGCCCACAAAGGAAACCAAAAGCAAUUUCCGCUGCGAAGGAGCGUCGUGGUGUCACGGUGCUCGGCAUCAUACUCGGAUGCUUCACCAUUUGUUGGGCACCGUUUUUUGUGAUGUACGUAGUGGUACAAUUUUGUAAAGAGUGUAGCCCGAAUCCUCACAUAGAGAUGUUCAUCACCUGGCUCGGUUAUAGUAAUUCAGCUAUGAAUCCUAUCAUCUAUACAGUAUUCAACAGAGAUUAUCAAAUCGCCUUAAAAAAACUGUUCAGUAAUGAACGAAAGCUCGGACCAUCAAGUGCCGUCUGA